AUGCAGGGAUACCGGACUGACAUUCCAACUGUUCUUGGGGCUCUUGCCAUUUUCGGUGCUUCGCGUACACUCUACGUAAUGGCCGAUUUUGAUCAUGGCCUCCUGGACUCUGAUUUCUUUCGUGAUCUUCGCAGAGAAGUAAAAUUUGUCUACGACACUGUGGCCUACAUCUGUCUAGUCAACGGAAUACUGCUUAUCCUGGCGGCCGUUUUUGGCCUGAUAAGUGAAAGGUCAGACAAUCACUGGUUUUCUACCGCGGUACGUGCUUUCAUCUUACAGCCAGUCUGA